GGGUAAUCCUCAUAGAUUGAGGAAAAGCCUGCCUUUUAUAGACUGCACAAAUGAUUGUGGUUUAUCUGAUAUGGGUUACUUAGGUCAUGAUUUUACUUGGUGCAAUGAAAGGAAGAACAAAGAUAUCAUUGGGACGAGGUUGGAUAGGGUCUUGGCUAAUGAAGAAUGGUCUAACUUUUUGCCUAACACUACUAUCCACCAUCUCACUAGGAUUAGUUCUGAUCAUUGCCCUUUUACUUAUAUCUGCUACUAAUGAAGAUUCUAGCUAUAUUAAGUAUUUCAGGUUUUUAAACUUUUGGGAGGAAUAACCUGAAUUCUAUGUUACUGUUAAGAUGAGUUGGAAUACUGAAGUUAAUGGCCACAUCUUCUGGAUAGUACAUCAAAAAUUAAAAAGGCUAAGUAAGGAUCUCACUGUUUAGUCAAAAGCUCAAAUUAGAGACAUUUCACCAAAACAAAACAAUUAGAUUUGAUGGUGAAUGAUUGUGAAGAAAGGUGGAUGUUGUCUCUAGACCAGAAUGAUAGAAUGGCUCUAAACAACACCAAAGCAGAGGUUAUUACACAUCACAAAGUGGUGGACAAGUACUGGAGACAAAAAGCCAAUUUAGAUUGGUAUUUGGAAGGCGAUGAGAAUACUAAAUACUUCCAUAGCAUUGUGAAGGGGAGAAGAAAGAGGUUGAACAUUCUCAGAGCACAAGUAAAGGAUCAAUCGGUGGAAGGUGAUAAGGAAGUAGAUAUGGAAAUGAUCAACCUAGUACCUACAAUGAUCACAGAGGAUGAUAAUUCUAUGCUCACAGAUGAACCAUCUCAAGAGGAGAUUAAAAGUGCAGUUUUUGAUAUUGAUCCCAAUAGCUCAGCGGGACCUGAUAGGUUCAAGACGGAUUUCGAAUUAGAGCCAAUCAGUUUGAGCAAUGUAACUCAGAAGAUAGUUUCUAAGGUCCUCAAUGAGAGACUUUCAAGAGUCAUCCCUAGAAUCAUUUCUCAAAACCAGAGUGGCUUUGUCAAAGAUAGAUCAAUUGGGGAAAAUGUCUGCUUGCCCAAGAAAUUAUUCACAAUAUUAAAAAGCCUACCAAGGGUGGGAAUGUGAUUAUCAAGCUGGACAUGAACAAAGCCUAUGAUAGGCUUUCAUGGAACUUUCUGUGUACUGUCAUGAGAAGAAUGGGAUUUGUUGAUAAAUAGAUCCAAAUCAUAUGGAAUCUUCUCUCCAAUAUGUGGUAUUCGGUUAUCAUUAAUGGAAGAAGACAUGGAUUUUUUCAAUCCCAUAGGGAAGUGAAACAGGGAGAACCUAUUUCUCCUUAUCCUUUCAUUAUUGCAGCUGGAGUUUUGACUAGGCUUCUGAAUAGUUUAUUUCAUAAUCCUAGAUUUAUUGGCUUUAAUAUGCAUCCAAAUGGUCCUAAAAUUAACCAUCUAUCUUAUGCUGAUGACAUAAUUAUUUUUUGUGUAGGGAAGACUUAUACCAUAUAGUUGAUUAUGGAUGUGCUGAACAAAUAUUUACAGAACUCUGGACAACUCAUUAACAAGUCCAAAAGCUGUUUUCUGAUGGCUAAUGAUACUCCAAGGAAGAGAAGAAAUAUUGUGGCUAAACUCUUGAAUUUCCAGGAGAAGGAAUUCCCUAUAACCUAUCUAGGGUGCCCUCUGUUUGCUGGAUAGGGUGCCCUCUGUUUGUUGGAAGGAAAAUGGUUCAUUUCUUCACUGACAUGGUUACUAGAAUUGUCCAGAGAAUUGAAAGCUGACAGAACAGGCUGCUAUCUACUGGGGGAAGGAUCAUUCUGAUUAAACAUGUGCUAAAUGCAAUGCCUAUGCAUCUUAUUUCAAUUCGCCAACCCCAAAGUCUACUUUACAACAAAUAGAAAAAGCUUUUGCUAAUUUCUUGUGGGGGUCUUCUGAGGGCAAAAAUAAAUAUCAUUGGUCUUCAUGGGAGAAAAUGUGCUACCCCACUUCUGAGUGUGGUAUUGGAGUAAGAGCUUUGCAAGAUGUUUCUGAUGCUUUUGCUGCUAAAUUGUGGUGGAUUUUCAGAACCAAUUCUGCCCUUUGGAUAGAAUUUAUGAAGGCCAAAGACUCUCAGAGAGUUCAUCCUAUGGCCAGGAAAUGGAACUAUUCUCAAUCUCAUUCUUAGAGAAGAAUGAUCCAUAUCAGGCACAUAGUUGAUCACUUAAUUGCUUGGAAAAUUCAUUCCGGUUCCUCAAGUUUUUGGUGGGAUAACUGAUUGGGUGAUGGAAAGCUUGUUGACUUUGGAAAUGCUUCUACCUAUAUUAAAAUUCAUGUGUUUGAUUACAUUGUGAAUGGAAGUUGUAACUCUGCUAAACUUCUUGAUAUUCUUCCCCUUGAGAAGGUACAACAAAUCCUGAGAGUUAUAAUUAGCUCGCCACAUCUUGAAGAUCAACCAAUUUGGGCUGCUUCUUCAGAUGGGAGAUUUAGUUGUAACUCCUCUUGGAAUAACAUUAGACAAUUCCAUAAUUCUUGUUUUGUCAAUACUAUGAUAUGGCAUAAGAAAUGUCCUUUUAAAA